CCGCUACCAGAACACCAGUGACCAGACUCAAAGCACGCUCACUUGCAGAAGCGGAUCCGGCAUACGCCGGACCAAGGAUACUCAUUUCCCCAGAGCUAGAAUCUUGCCCAAUCGCACACAAUGCUUGUCCUGCCGCUAGACAUCGCUGAAGCUAUAAUUCGCGAACUCCUAGCCAGAAAGGACAAGGCUACAGUGAAAUCCUUGUCCCUCGUCCGCUCUUCCUUUACCCCAAUCUGCCAACGAUAUCUCCUCUCGAAUAUCAUCAUAUCCUGUUCGAAGGCAGAAGGAAAUAGACGAUACCAACGCUCAAGUGACGCAACACUAAAGCUACUUCGAUCGUCACCUCAUCUCGUUUCGAGUAUCCGAUCCUUAUCUAUUCUCGACUCCGGUUUUAGCUGGACACAGCUCGACCCCGCCCUCGUUGAUAUCUUGAAUUCUCUCACCGAUCUAACCUGCUUCAUAUGGAAAGCCGCUUCCAACUCCUCACGCCCGACUUAUUGGAGAGAAUUACCCCAACCUCUGCAGCACUCAAUCAGAGCCACGAUCAGACGUCCUUCAGUCACUUCCCUAUUCCUUCAUUUCGCCGACCUGACCGAUCUAUUGAAUGCAAGAAUCAUUAUCUCUCCCUCUUUGACAUAUCUGAACUUACGAGGCACGGGAUUUUCCAAAAUCGCCUUGGAACUGACUCGUCCGAGUAUAAUACCUUUCGGAGAGAUGCCGUCUAGAUUGUUCGUCACGGCAUGUAAGCUUGAGUGGAUCGAGGACGAGAAGAUGUGCUUUGGGUGGAUCACUGCUAUUCUACCGAAUCUCAGUCUUGAACGGCUUCAGAAACUGGCAGUCUUCCGAUCUUCGCUACAAUCAAAAUUGCCUGAACUUCCUUGGGGGGCGUUAUUAUACCACCAGUCUGUUCAGUCAAACCUGGAAGAGCUUUGGUUCGAUAUGAUCUCUACUAAUGGUCCUCCAAUACCAUGUCGCUCGACCGCUUGCCUUCCUUAAAGCGACUCGGGCUAUCUAUGGGCCUCUCACGAGUCUUCGAUGCUAAUUGGGAU